UAUCUCGCCAAAUAAUCGCUGUUGAAAUAUUGUUUUUAUUGAUGAACUUCCAUUUAAUUUACACAUGUUUUGCAGUCAUUUAUAGGCAAGAUGAGGAGUAACACCGAACCUGAUCAUUCGCUCUAGGCAGCGUAACCUUUCGAUGAUAUUAUAUUCACUGCAAAGCUGUCAGUGUGUCAGUCAACACAGUUUUUUCUAAAAUAUAUUGAUAAAGUUGUACGAUUUUGGGGAUAGAGGAAUAAUUCACCCUGCUGAUGAAUAAUGUCAGAAUCCAUCAUAAUGUUGAGAUGAGGGCUCAGAAUAUUUGCCACCAUAUUCAUUUUUGACUCCGUGUGAAGAGAUUUUAUCUUGAGAAUAACAUGCAAAGAAAUACUUCCCAAGCUGGAAGAAAUGAAUUACUUACAAGAAUACGUGAGAUUGGUCCCAUAUGUGAAUCAAAUACUCCUUGCAGCAAUUUGUAUUGCCGAGAUGUAUGUUUGAAAGAUAAUCAACACAGUUACAUCUGUAUAGCAAAUAAUGAUGUAUCAAGAAGCGCUACGGCAUCAUUAUCAUCUACAUGGGAUUCAAUAUAUAUAGCAAGAAAAGCAAUUGAUGGCAGUGAAACAACUUAUGCAAUAACUGCUAAUAGCCGGAAUACACAUUGGUUUAAAUUGGAUUUGAAUAACGUAUAUCAAAUUAUUCAAAUUGUUGUUUACAAUCGAAUGGAAUAUCGUCCAGACAGAAUGAUUGGCAAUAAACUAAUUGUCAAUGUUUACGAUCAAUACAUAAAUGUUCCUGAGAUUGCUGUGUUGACUUCCGAUUCAAAACAAACAUUCCCCGGCUCAUUUAUUGGUAGAUAUAUUUUUAUUGUUAGAGAUUCCAGUGAUUUACUUCAAGUAGCAGAAAUCAAUGUAUUUGUAUAACACUGAAAAGAUAUAUUUAAGAUUUUAA